ACAACUGCCAGGACCGAGUGCUCAGUGUGCUCUGCUUUGGGUGGAAAAAAAAAAAAAGCUCCAAACAAAGAGCAGCCCCGGUCCCUCCCGCCCUGGGCCUAUGGGCGCGUUCCCCAGUCUGAGUGAGAGGUGCGGCCAGCAACCACCGCGGGCCAGUGGGCAAGGAGCACAGGGUGGAGCGGGCGGCUGUGACCAGGACAGCCACAGUCACUGCUCCGGAUUCCCGGAUUCCCGAUCCCUCGCUGCAUCCAGCCUGGCGGUUUUGGCCGGGCCCAGCCUCCAUGGCGCACUGCAAGACAGAGCAGGAUGACUGGCUGCUGGCCCACCUGAAGUACCUGCUCUUCAUCUUCAACUUCUUCUUCUGGGUAGGUGGGGCAGCCGUCAUGGCUGUGGGCAUCUGGACACUGGUGGAGAAGAGCGGUUACCUCAGCAUCUUGGCCUCCAGCACGUUUGCUGCCUCUGCCUACAUCCUCAUUUUCGUUGGUGGUCUUGUCAUGACAACUGGCUUCCUGGGCUUUGGGGCCAUCAUCCGGGAACAGAAGAGCUGCCUCUCCACAUAUUUCUGCCUGUUGCUGGUCAUCUUCUUUGUGGAGCUGGUGGCAGGGGUCCUGGCGCAUGUGUACUACCAGAGGCUGAGUGACGAGCUGAAGUGGCACCUGAACAGCACCCUGACUGAGCACUACGGGCAGCCCAGGGCCACAGAGAUCACAGCCUCGGUGGACCGGCUGCAGCAGGACUUCAAAUGCUGUGGCAGUAACAGCUCAGCCGACUGGCAGCACAGUGUGUACAUCUCGUCUCAGGAAGCCCUGGGUCGCCAGGUGCCCGACAGCUGCUGCAAGACAGUGGUAGCCCUCUGUGGUCAGCGGCCCCACCCCUCCAACAUCUACAAGGUAGAGGGAGGCUGUAUGGUCAAGCUGGAACAGUUCGUGGCUGACCACCUGCUGCUCAUGGGAGCAGUGGGCAUUGGGAUAGCCUGCCUUCAGAUCUGUGGGAUGGUCCUCACCUGCUGCUUGCACCGAAGGCUCCAGCAACAAUUUUAUUAAAGGAAACCCAUGUACCCUGCUGACUGGCCCACCCAAGGGACCACAUCUCCACUUCCCGAACCAGUCAUCGCUGCGAAGUCAUUGCUGGGGCCGUGGACUCCUCCACCCUAUGCAGAGGCCACCAAAUGCCUGUGGUUGUGGUUCCUGUGCACUCCAGCUGGGCGGGGCCUCAGCUCACUCCUCCAUUCAUAAGUACUCAGUCACAGCCAGAAUCCUUGGCAAGGGAUGGUCCUGGCCAGAGGCAGCCAGCGCCCUUUGCCAGGCACUGGGAUGCUGUGGACUACAGGUGGCCAGAGCUCAUCUCCCUCUGAUCCACCUCAGUGCCUGAGUCUGGAAUAGAAGGCUGUCAGAUGGUCCCUCUGAGAGUCC